AUGACUGGACGCGGCAAAGGUGGCAAGGGCCUCGGCAAGGGUGGCGCUAAGCGUCAUCGCAAGAUUCUUCGUGACAACAUCCAGGGUAUUACCAAGCCCGCUAUCCGACGUCUCGCCCGUCGUGGUGGUGUCAAGCGUAUCUCAGCCAUGAUCUAUGAGGAGACCCGAGGUGUUCUGAAGUCCUUCCUCGAGGGCGUCAUCCGUGACGCCGUCACCUACACUGAGCACGCCAAGCGCAAGACUGUCACAUCUCUAGACGUUGUAUACGCCCUGAAGCGACAAGGCCGCACCCUGUACGGUUUCGGUGGUUAA